AUAAUUUCAUUUAUAAUCAUGUUCUCUAGGUUAAACGUUACUCCACCUUGGCUGUCUUCAGCCGUUUUAUUUUCUAGUUUUUAUUAGUUUAAAUGUAAUAACAAAAAUAGAAUAAUUAAUGAUAAUUUGUACUAUGCGAAAGAAAUUUCUUAUAACAAAUCAUGUUAAACUAUCCAAGUGCAUGGUUUGCGCGGUCAUACGCAAUAUUUCACAAUCAUCGCUUAAACCAAAACCAUCUGCAGCAGCACCACCAAUUUUAUCAGAAAAAAACCUUACAAUAUUACCGAGUAUAAGACCAGAUUCACUACAAAUUGGACCUAUUCUUGAUGUAAAUGGCAAAAACUUAAUAAAAACAGAAUGGUUAGAAACAAGAAUAAAUUUAAAUGAUAUUCAUUUACAUUAUUUGAAGUUAUCUAAAAGUCGAUUAACAUCUCUAGUUGUUAUGACUACAUUAGCUGGUUAUACAAUGGCUCCAGCUCCAUUUGACAUAGCUACAAUGGUUCUCUGCUGCACUGGUACUGGUUUAGUAUCUGCAGCUGCUAAUUCUAUAAAUCAGUACCAUGAAGUUCCUUUUGAUUCCCAAAUGUCAAGAACAAAAAAUAGAGUAUUAGUCAAAGGCAUAUUAUCACCUCUACAUGCUCUUAUGUUUGCAACUGUAAGUGGAUCAUUAGGCCUAGUUACCUUAUAUUAUGGAGUAAAUCCUGUUGCAGCUGCUUUAGGAGCAGCCAAUUUAGUUUUAUAUACUUCUAUUUACACACCAAUGAAGCGAAUAAGUAUUGCUAAUACUUGGAUUGGAUCUAUAGUGGGUGCAAUUCCUCCAUUGAUGGGAUGGGCAGGUUGCACUGGAGGUACUAUAGGUUCUGGUGGCUUAUUGUUAGCUGGUUUAUUAUAUGCUUGGCAAUUUCCACAUUUCAACGCCUUAUCAUGGAAUUUACGACCAGAUUACUCUAGAGCAGGUUAUAGAAUGAUGGCUGUUACUAAUCCUGGGUUGUGUAGAAGAACAGCAUUACGUUACACAAUUGGGAUAACUGGUUUAUGUAGUUUAGCUCCUUUAUGUAAUUUAACCAACGUGUACUUUUCUAUUACUGUUGCGCCGUUAAAUUUAUAUUUUACUUAUUUAGCUUGGAAGUUUUAUCAAGAGUCAGAUAGUAAAACUUCACGAAAACUUUUUCGGUUUUCUCUCAUUCAUUUACCAGCCUUAAUGUUACUCUUGCUUAUUAAUAAACAUGAUUUAUGGACUACUCAACAAAAAGAGAAAGAAAAUCAAUCUACAUGAAGGACAACAUAAAAUAGAGUUUUAUUUUUUUUAAACUCCUGAACUAUUAUAAUGAUCAUGUUGUACAGUAGUUACAUUGUUAUUUAAUAAUUGUUGAUAGUUUGAAUUAAUUUAUAAACUAAGGAAUCGUUUGUCAACUAGAAAAUGUAUUAAUAUUUAUAAAUACAUCAUGAAAUUAAUUAUA